UUCUUUGCGUUGUACACAAAGCACCGCUAUAUGUUUACAUGGUUUGGUAAUUGCCGUUAAAAACACAAGCACGUGAAAGUGGCUAGCUGCUGGCUGGCAAGGUUGGCGAGCAGCAGUUGCCAUAGUAACCAUAAUAAUCAGUCGAUCGGUGUUGAUUAGGAAAAAAAAACUUUCUACUUCGAUUGAAAUAGUGAGUGAAAAUGGAUGAAAAUGAGUGGAAAAUGUUGGUUGUGACUUUCUGUAAUAACGUGCAAAAUCCCGAACGGAUGGUCCGUCAACGUUCCCUGAAGGAGCUACUCGAGUUAAUCCAUCGGGAGCUGUUACCCUCGCAAGCUCCAGCAGUAUUCGAAGGUGUAUAUCUCCACGUUUUACGAUGCUAUGCAGAUCGUUUCGAAAUGAUUCGAAACCUCGCGAUAACCUUGAUCGGGGAGCUGAUGGACAAACUACCGACCAAUGACUUUUAUUUAAGUUAUAUCGUACCAGCAAUUGCCCGUCGCCUUGGUCAGUCGGAAAUCAUCGAAGAGAGUGAGGAAGUUCGAUUGCUGCUGUUGGAACAAUUGCAAGCUCUCGUCAGGAAGUAUGCAGAUCCGGAUGGUAGCAGUGGAGAUCCGCUGCUGAAAUCAUAUGAUAAUAUAGUUGACAUUCUUAUCAAAACUCUGAGGGAUCCAUAUCCUGCUGCCCAGAAGCAGAGUUGCGAGGUAAUAAAACUGCUGGCCGAUUCGACACCGAGUUUGCAUUACCGAGCGGAAGCCCUGGUUGGUCCGGCUAGCAGCAUUCUCAAACAUCGACAUUUCGCAAAUCGUGUUGCCUCGAUUGAAGCAUUAGGCAUUUUGGCACUGAACAUUCAUUCCAACGGGGAUUGCGUAACGAAGAUAAUAGUUGACAUUUCACCGUUGCUGAUGGAUAGCGUUCCGAUAGUACGGAUGGCAUGUGGUCGAGUGGGCUGCAUGAUGCUGCUAAAGCUGCGAGAUCGAUAUUCGUUGUUUCAUAGGAUCUUACCUUUAGUUUUAAAUUGUUUGACGGAUGACACUGCAGAAGUUCGCGAGGAUGUUUUAGCCCGAUGGAAAGAAGCAGGAGAAUUAUACUAUAAAGAAAACGAAAGUGAACUUUCGAAAAUGAAGUUAAUUGAUAAGAUGCCUUCCAAUUAUCCAGAGGGGAAAUAUGAGAGACCUUCGCUUCCUUGUAGAGCAAUUGUACAAAGAAGUCUUAGAAUAGUCAAUCUUGUUCUCUAUGAAAUGGAAGAAUGGAAAGAGGACAUAAGGUUGCACGCAACCAAACUACUAAAGUUAAUAAUCCUUCAUGCUGAAAAAGCGUUCUCGACUAUGUUUAUGGAAGUGAAUCCCGUACUUUGUAAAGCUUGCAUGGAUAUGGAUAAGCAGGUGGCAGAAGAAGCUCUGGAGGUCGCCAGGUUGUGCGGAAUUCUUCUAGACUACGAUACAUGGAGUAAGCAUGCCCUCUCUGAAUUUCAAAAGUUUCCUACUUUGGGUCAUCUGAAAUGUCUGAGUGCAAUGUAUCAGUCAUCUGGAGUAGAAAGACUCAAAGAUCUGCAAAAAAAUGUACUUAUUCUAACUGAUCCGGAAAUUUGCCAUCAAACAAAACUUGUUUAUCAAUUGGAACUUCUCAACUUCUGUAAUACACUAUCUGAGGAUUACCAUCGUGUGUACACUGCCAACGAGAUUGACGGCCUAGCGAAUGAGGCAGACCGAAAACAGGCGGAAAAACUGUUAUAUACAAUUGUGAUAAAAGUGGCUGCAUUUUCCUUCGAAGACGCAGAGCUGGCUCGAGAACGUGCCUUAGAAAUCCUGUCCAAAUUGCAUUCCGGCGAAAUCGAACAGCUGCACGAUCGUCAUUUGACGGAUGUUUGCGACUCCUUGGAGAAUUUGGAAUCAUCAAAUUCUGAUGCUGCCGAAAGUAUUAUGCUGCUGGCUGGACUGCUGUCUGUGUGUGGCUUCCGACUGGCAUAUCACGGCGCUCUCAAGACGGCCCUCGCAACUGCACUCAAGCACGCGAUUCCGCAAGGGAAAAUCAAACUUUUCAGUUCGAUAUCUAUCGCGAUGCUUCGGUGGAAUAAAACAAUGAUGGCUUCCGUUGAGGAGCAGAAGCUGCUGUUGCAAGGUUUUACUGAAGAUAUUAUUGCACCGCAUUUGGUGUGGGCCGCCGGAAGAAGUGCAGAGUCUAUUCGUUCGAUGGCAACAGCUUGCCUAUGUUCUAUAUCACAGGGCGCCGAUAGUUCGAUUUUUGCAACCAUACUGCCGAGUCAACUGCCAAUCCUGGUUGGCCUAAUCGAGGAUAACAGCAUUUCGACACGUGCCUACUCCUUAAGAACAUUGCUCGCGAUGGGGCCGCUAGAGGGGGAUAAUUUAAAAUUAAUCGCUUUUGCCAUUGUCGCCCGGUUGGACGAUCCGAGCGGGGAUGUGCGUGAACUGGCUGCCAAAUGUUUGGGCUGUUUGCAGCUGGCCGUGGGAGCCGACAACGAGGACGACAGCUCGGAGCGGGAGCGCUUCGAGGGAACCAUCCUGAGGCCAAUCCUAUCGACUAUGUUCUUGCAUUUGGAAAAUCCGGAACUAAAACUGAGGAAAGCCAUUCUAGAUUCGCUAGCACGUUUACUCAUUCAUCAUCGCGCACUAAUCAAAGGCCUGGCUAAUGAAGUUGCUCCCGGAUGCCCAUACAAGAAGGAUCUGGAUAAUAUCCUCGCUCAUCAAUAAACGCCUCGGCCGGUCGGCGGUAGUCGGCGCGGUGUCUAUUGCUUUUGGAAAAGCUAGAGCAUCAACAUCAUCAUUAUCAUCAUCAUCACCGGCAAUCGUGGUACGUAGCGUGGAGAAUCGUGCACUGGUCGAAUACAAAGUGGCGACCGACAGCCAUCAGGAUAAUUGAUUCAAAUCUUAUUUGAGUAGAGUGAAUACGUAGUAUUGCGCCGUUUUUGGUAGAUGAUCGCUGUAAAGGGAUUCGUGUUUUUGCGAGCGUGUGUUUGAUUUCAGGCAGUUUUAGUUUUUUGCAGCGUUUUUUUCUGUUGAUCACCGUCAAAGACGAAGACCGAUGAAGCGGUCGGGACGAUAUCAAAGAUUUGGAUUGCAAGAGCAUUGGCUGGAAAAUUGGUCUGCGAUUGGUUGAGAUUUCCGGCGCUUUUUUUGAUGCACUUUCUAUGCACCCAUCAGAAACGAACCGAUUUGAUGCCUCGACGAUUCCUUUCGCCUCGUAAUUGCAAUUAUGAAUUUUCUUUCUUUUAUCUCCGCCGUUCGCUGGCUGCCCGGUCGGAAUCGAAACUGCGGCUGCUAUCCAUUCGAUGCACUCCCGCUGGUUUCCUAUCCAUUUUCGCCUUUGGGUGGCUUCGAAUCGCGCUUUGUUCCCGUGUUAAUUUCAGCUAUGUAAUGCAUCAAUAAAUAUAAUUUAUUAUUGGCCCAUCUUCAAUUUAUCCAUCUGGGUGAGCUUUUCGCGAUUUUCCCCGCUAUCAAGCUUGCUUUCCUUUGAUCAAUCAAUUUUUUUUUCUGGAUAGAUUGUGGAAGUCCGUUUCGAUAGAUUUUUUUUCCAUUUUCAGUGAUGUCGCAUAAUUUCAUACUCUUUGUGUGCGCUUUUUUUUCGCUCUCUCUCUAUUAUCUCUGCACACAAUGUAGGAAGGAAAAAAGCCAAAAAGCUUUUAGCGAUUUUUUAUGCUGCUCAUUCCUUCCUUUUGUGAUGUGAUGGAAUUGUGUUUGGUGCGUGCAGGCGGAUGUGAUUUUUGCAUUGAUAUCGCCGCCGUUUUGCAACAUGUUGUCCGUCCGCCCCGAGAGAGUGUCGGCCUAAUUGAGUUAUCUAUCAAUUGUGUUCUCCUUCAUUAUGGAGUGAAACAGUGUGCCUUUAGGAGCUGUACCCGGAUCCCGAACCAAUCCAGAUUCAAUUUUUCUUGCGCUGGUUUAGUGAUAGUUAUUUUUGGUUUUUUGUUUUUUUUCUGUUUUAGCUUUGGUGGGGUAAAAUAUGUGAUAGAUAAUGUAUAACGUAAUAAAUCGAAC